UUCCCUCUAGCUCGCGCCCAGCGUUCUUCAGGCGUUACAACGGUAGACACCAAGGGACGCGGACGCUGAUGCGGAUGCGGAUGCGGAUGCGGACUUGGACGGUGCGGUCGGAGAGCACACCUAGCGGGAUCAGCAGAAUUACUCAAGUCAAACGCUUGGAGGAUGUCUCGGCGCAGUGAGCGCCUGCGCCUCCGAUACCAGGCACUUGUUGAUGGGCAAAGCAGCAGCAGCAGCAGCAGAGGGAGUUCCCAGGUGGCUGGCCAGCACACCAACUUCAGGGAGGGUCCUCUCAGGACUGUGAGGAGGAAGUCGAGUAUGGUCCGAAGCCUCUCACCAGGCCUCUCACCAGCCCCUCACCUGCUAACAGGUGUAACAGGCUGGAAGAGCCCCGGAUCCACCUCAGGGUACUUCUCUGAGGAUGAUGGUGCAGCAUUCCAGUGGUGCCUGAAAAACACCUGGCACUGCGUGACCACUGCUGCCUCCCUCCAGGACUUCUUUCUCUCAAUCAGGAAGUUUUGCACUCGCAAGAAGGGGCUCGUCUUUGUCUUGGGCUUGCUGUUGCUUAUGGCUUCGCUGGCUUAUGGUGCUUGGUAUUUCUACCCCUAUGGACUACAGACCUUACCCCCUGCUGUGCUCUCCUGGUGGGCAGCCAAGGGCAGCAGCAGGACAGAGGACCGUUGGGAAUCAGGACAGUCCCCCUCAUAUUUCCAGGAGCUGGAAAGCGGGGUGGUGCACAAGACAUCUGAGUGGCACAGUUCUUCCCAAGAAGGCUUUGUGGAAAAAGGCCAAAGCAGAUGGGUUCCCUAG